UCUGUGCUCCAGGUCUCCAUGGAAAGAGAAAUCCCCUCUGACUUCAUAGGAAGCUAUGAUCUUCUAAGUGAGUAUGAGGAGGUGAUUCCUCCAGGGGAAGUUCCUGAGACGGUGGAGCAGCGUAAGAAUUUUCUGGGGCAAGCUGAAGAAAAAGCUCACGCUGAGAAAGAAGCUUUUGCAGAUCAGCAAGUGGAAGACCCGUGCACCUGUCAGCUACAGAGCGAGUCUUUUGAUGCAGAAAGAGGCUUGGGGAUCCUCCAAGACAUCACUCCACCACCUGGGAUUCCCCUGGCUGUGGGAGCUUUGGGUUACGAUGAACACAGGGAGAACUCAAGCCUUGAUGACCCAUCAGAAAUCUCUCCACUGGGAGAGAAGCCUCAUAAAUGUACUGAAUGUAGUAAGAGCUUUAACUGGCGCUCGGACCUUAUUAAACAUCAAAGAAUCCACACGGGAGAAAAACCUUACAUCUGUAGCGAAUGUGGAGAGAACUUCACUGUGAGCUCUCACCUGUUCACGCACAAGAGAAUCCACACAGGAGAGAAGCCUUUCCUUUGCAUCGUGUGUGGGAAAUGCUUCAGUCGGAACUCGCAUCUUGUUAACCACCAAAGAAUCCACACAGGAGAGAAGCCCUUUGAGUGCAGCGAGUGUGGGAAGAGCUUCAGUGAUUUCUCAACACUAACUCAGCACCAGAGAACUCACACUGGUGAAAAGCCUUAUGUAUGUGUUGAAUGUGGGAAAGGCUUUAUACAGAGCUCGCAUCUCACGAGGCAUCGGAAAACCCACACAGGAGAGAAGCCCUAUAAAUGUGCUGAGUGUGGGAAAGGCUUCCGAUACAAGGCUCACCUUGUGCAACACCAUAGGCUUCAUAUCGGGUGA